AUGCCGUUCCAGCUCAAGAACGGUCACCACCACCAGCACCAGCACCACGGUGCCGCCAUGGAAGGGAAGCCGCCGCUGCUGCCGACGACGCAGCAGCAGCCCGCGCCGACGACGAGGGUGUCGAGGUUCCGGAGGCUGCUGGUGAGGGUGUCUGCGUCGGAGAAGUUCGCCGCGGAUGGGAAGGAGAGGGACAAGGACGAGAUGCUGCCUCAGCCACCGCCCGCGGCCGGUGAGGGCGACGCCGCGGGGUCCCUUGGGCUGGACCGCAUGGUGCUCAGCUUCAUGGAGGAGGCCACCGCCGUCGAGCGGCCGCCGCGGGGGCGCUGUAACUGCUUCAACGGCAGCAACCACGAGGAGAGCGACGAGGAGUUCGACUUCCUCCCCUCCGAGUACGCCUCCAAGCCGGCCACCGCCGGGGCAGGCGACGCCUUGGAGGAUCUAAAGGGCUUGGUGCAGAGCGCGAGCGUUGCGGAGCGGAAUCUCCUCGCGGACGCGUCUAGGCUCGCCGACAGGUGCGGCAAGGGCUGCAAGGGCAAGGCGGAGUGCCGCCGCGCGGUCGCCGACGGCCUCAGGGCGCUCGGCUACGACGCCUCCGUGUGCGAGUCCCGGUGGGAGAAGGCCCCCUCCUACCCCGCAGGGGAACACGAGUACAUCGACGCCGUGGUGGGGAAGGAGGAGGUGAGGCUGAUCGUGGAGGUGGACUUCCGGUCGCAGUUCGAGCUGGCGCGGUCGACCAAGGCGUACCGCGCGGCGCUCCAGGCGCUGCCGCCGCUGUUCGUGGGGACCCCGGACCGGCUCGGGCAGAUCGUGGCCGUCGUGGCGGAGGCGGCGCGGCAGAGCCUCAAGAAGAAGGGGCUCCACUUCCCGCCGUGGCGGAAGCCGGAGUACAUGCGCGCCAAGUGGCUGUCCCCGCACGUCCGCUGCGACGGCGGCGACAAGGUCGUCGUGCCGGGCCCCGCCGCACCCUUGUUCGCGGCGACGCCGGUCCAAGCGGCGAGCUUUUCCGGGGAGUUCGAGCUCGUGUUCGACAGGAAGCCUAGCAGGGAUGGCGCUGCCGUGGAGGGCGGCGGCGGCGGCGUCAGCGUCGGCGAGAAGAUCACGGUGGUGGUGUCGCCGUGGCGCCCGUCGGAGGAGGCGAGCAAGAAGCAGGAGCAGGUGCCCAAGGCGAAGGUCGUCACGGGGCUCGCCGCCGUCCCCUGA